UCGACGGGAGGCGCCCGUGUGAGGUGCCAAGAAGAAAUUUAAGAACGCAUGGUGCGGCUUGAUAUCCAAAAAGCGUGAGAGCAACAGGUGAGGAUAGCACGAGGUCUUUGAAGGGAUACAGGAAUAGAGAAUGCGAAGAAGAAAAGGAGCUGAGGGCUACUCAGAAGAGCCGACAAAGGAGAAGAUGUCGGGAACAAGACACAGAUCGGAGGAGGCUGAGCGGCGGAGGAAAUCGUGAGAGAAUUAAGAAAGAUAGGACUAGGAAUUAUGGAGGAAUGUAGACGAGAGGGAACAGAAAUCAGGAAUGAAAUGAAGAAAAUAAGGGAACAGCUAGAAAAGAUCGAGAAGAGGCAGAUCGAAAUGAUCCAAAUCAAGGAGAGCGAACAGAAGGAGAGAGACACAGAGGAGGUACAGAAAAGUAGAAGAAGAAUAACGAUGAAAGAGGAGGCAAAAGAGAGAGAAGAGAGCAAUGAAGAAAAAUGGAGUGAAAAAGAUUGGGGAAAAGACUGGUGGUAGGAAGCGGCAAGCGAGGAGGAAAGGAGAAAUGAAGGGAGGAAGAACGCGAGAAAGAAGACGAAAGAUGCAGUGAAAAAAGCGAGGUUAGGAAAGUUGAAAACGGGACUGACGAAAGAGACAAGGAAAAAGGACACACUGCAGAAAGGAACAAGGUGUGGCGAAUAACGGAAGAGAGAGAGGAAGAAGUAAGAAGGAGAAGAGAAUGAAAGAAAAGAGAGGCGGCGCGAGAAGAAGAAAGAGAGAAAAGGGAAAGAGCCGAGAAGAAGGAAAGAAGUCUCGGGCCGGAUGACCAGUCAUUGCGAUAGUAAUCUUGCUCAGUACGAGAGGAACCGCAAGUUCGGACAUUUGGUUCACGCACUCGGUCGAGCGGCCGGUGAUGCAAAGCUACCAUCCGUGGGAUUAUGCCUGAACGCCUCUAAGGCCGUAUCCUCUCUAGUCAAAGGUGGCAAUGAUAUCUCUAGGAGUCUCCUCAUAUGGAGAAGAGUGACAGGAGAAGGGCCAAAGGAAAAAAGAAAGUUUGUGGAAACAAUUACGGAAAGUGUGCUGGGGAGAAUAGUUCCAAUAAGAAGAGUCAGGGAGGCGGCGGGCACGGACUGGAAAGGAACAAUUUUUAUGGAACUUGAAGAGGUAGACGACAAGGAAGAAUUAAUUAGAAGGAACGACGAGAUCUGGAGAAGAUGGGAAGUAGGAGUCGAUGAGCUCCUUACGAUGGAGGAGAGAGUCUACAGACACAAAUUGGUCAAAAAAGCAAGGGAGGAAAGGCAGAAAGGAAGGUCAGUGAUCCUAACGAAUAGGAGGCUCUGGAUAGAUGCGAAGGAAGUGAAAUGGGAUGAGGAGAGAGGUACAUAGCAGAGAAUCUGAAGGCCUUUUUGACGAAGAAUACUGACACGAUGGAAGGAACAAAGAAAACGCGAGCAGGAGGAAAGGGAAGGAAAAGAAACAAAGAGAACACCUAGAGGAAGUACAGACAGAGAAAGUUUGUAUUAGUAAUGGAACUGCAAGUGUAUACCAGAAAUGUAACAAUGUAUGAGUGUGCGUGCGUGAAUGACAAUUAAGUAAUUGAGGGCUAGAGGUUAACACACGGCAAAGGUGCUGAUAAAAUGGUCUACACUUGAAUUAAAAAUAUGAUACAGAAACAGGCAAAAGCAAAGAAGGUUAUUGCCAUAGGACAGCGUAGCUAUGUGGGGUGCGUGAGAGAGAGAAAGAGAGAGAGUGUGUGCGUGUGUGCGAGGAUGAGUGAAGGAGAGAAAGAGUGAGAGGUAAAACGGAAGAAAUUUGAAGGAGAAUAAAGUAAACCUAUAUAAUAGCAGAGUAGCAAGUGCAUAUUAUGAAUGUAACAACGAGUGAGUGUGUGUAUGUCGAAUGAUAGUUAAGUAUCUGAGUGUGAAAGUCAACAUAAUGUAUAAAUGUAAAUACAAAGGCGCUGAUGUAAUAUGAAAUAUUAUUAAAUGUAGCGGGAAGAAAGCUAGAAAAUGGCAAAGGCAGAAAAGGUUAAUAGGUUGCUAAGACAGCGUAGCAAUGAGGAACGCGGGAGAGAGAGAGAAAAAGUGUGUAUGUGUGUGUGUGUGUGUGUUUAUGUGUGCGCGGGUGAGUGUGUGUGAGGGAGAGGAAGUCGCUGAAGAGGGGGCCGGGGUGAGGUAAAGGAAGGGGAGGGUGGGUACUGUUAGUAUGUGAGGUCGCCUAAUGGCCAGGCUUGGAAAGGAAAUGCUUGUAAAAA